UCCUCGUGCAUGGUUACUCGAGUAUCGGCCUUAUAAGGCCGAGGUGGACGGGCAGAAGGUAUCACUCCAUCGCCAUGGCCCGCCUCAGCAUCGCAGUCCUCGCCCUCUUCGCCGUCGCCGCGGUUGCCUCCGCUGGGGCUCCCCCACCACCCCCGAAGGGGCCGGCCGGACCCCAGGGCCCCGCUCCUGCAGGAGGUGUGAAGGCUUGGCUGCACCAGAAGGAGGCCCAGCUGAAGCAGUGGGCUGGUCAGGAGAAGGCCAAGCUCCAGGGCCAAUGGAAGGAGAAGGUCGUUCCCCACAUCCAUGAUCUGACCCAGAAGUUCGGCCAGCAGUGGCAGCAGAAGGCUCCCAAGAUUGCCGCCCUCCUCAAGCAGAAGGCAGGAGCUGCAUUCGAAAAGGCCGUCAACUUCGUCAACCAGAAGCUUGCCCCCCAAGGUCAGCCCCCCAAGAAGGCAUAGGUAGACAAAUGAACUUCGUACCGAAAUAAAGAUCUUGUCUGAAAACCGA